AUGAUCAGAACCCUGAAAACACUUUUAUGGCCCAGAAAUGCAGCAGCAGCUGCUAAGAGCCCUGGACCACCAGCACCUGCCUCAGCUUCGACCCCAGCACCUGCCCCACCUGCAAAGGAGGAAAUAUCUGAUGAAAAGAAAGAUGAAGUAAGAAAACAUGAGAAAAAGGAGGAGGAAAAGUCAGCUGAACCAGCUCCAGCCCCUGCCACAGCUCCUACUCCCGCCCAAGAGCUCCCUAAACCAGAGGCAAAACCAGCGGAUACAGCAAAUCAUGGAGCAGAAACUGCAAAGUGUGAGGACAAUGCAUCCCCACCCCCUCAACCCAUUGUCAUCAACCAGUAUUCCGACAACCAUCUGCGAGACAUUGUGAAGAGAUUACGGGAUAGAUCAGAGCUUUAUAAGGAGAAAGUCAUAGACCCCUAUGCAUCAUCCCCAGAGCGCAGCCCUCCUGUCACACCCAUUUAUCGAAAGCAAGAUUGGAUCAGAAAGCAGGAAGAGGAGAGAAUAAAACGAGAAGAGGCUGAACAGAAGAAAAAAGAGGAGGAUGUUAAGAAAGCUGCUGCAAAGAAAGAAAAGGAGGAAAAAGAAAGGAAGGAGAAGGAAGAAAAGCUGCAAGCUGAGAAGGUGAAAGCAGAGAAAGAGGCAGAGGAGGCCAUGUGCCCCAAAAUCAAAUGCACAUGCAUAGACAUACUGCUCCAACCUAUAGAAGACAAGAUGGACACAUACUUAGGGACAACUAUCGAUCCGUUCACAGAUCGUCGAUAUAUCAAAUGGCUUAGUGUCGUAACGGUCGCUUUUAACUACAACAUAUGGUUUGCCACGGCACGUUUGUGUUUUCCAUACCACACUCCUCAGACGAUUCCUGUCUGGAUCAUUCUUGAUGUCCUUGCCGAUAUAGUGAACAUUGUUGACAUUACCAUCUUUCAGCCACGCUUACAGUUUGUGAAAGCGGGAGACAUCAUAAAGGACAGAGUACUGGCAAAACAGAAGUACAGAGAAUCUACCAGGUUUCAGGCUGACCUGAUAAGUAUUAUCCCAUUUGACUUGCUGUGUUUUCACUUUGGAUUUACUUCAAUCUUCAGAAUUAACAGAUUUAUUCGGUACCAAUCAUUUUUUGAGUUCAGUGAUCGCCUGGAAAGCAUAAUGGCCAAGGCUUAUAUCUGGAGAGUUGGCCGCACUACUGGAUAUCUCCUCUUCUGUCUACAUAUCAACUCCUGCCUGUAUUACAUAGCAUCAGAAUACGAGGGACUGGGCAGCACUAGAUGGACGUACGAUGGAAAAGGAAACGCGUAUCUCCGCUGCUAUUAUUUUGCCACUCGAACACUGAUCACUAUUGGAGGUUUACCUGAGCCCCACACACUCUUCGAGAUCAUCUUCCAGCUGGUGAACUUCUUCACAGGAGUCUUUGUCUUCUCCAGUUUGAUUGGACAGAUGAGAGAUGUAAUUGGUGCAGCCACGGCAGGUCAGACCUACUUCCGUGCAUCUAUGGAUGCUUGUGUGGCAUAUAUGAACACCUACACCAUCCCCAAACUGGUGCAGAAUAGAGUGCGCACCUGGUACAACUACACCUGGGACUCUCAGGGCAUGCUGGAUGAGUCAGAGCUGUUAGACAAGAUGCCUCUGGUCAUGAGAACGGCCAUCGCUAUCGACGUCAACCUCGCCACUUUCCAAAAGAUCGACCUCUUCAAAGGUUGCGACAACCAGAUGCUCGUAGAUAUGUUGCUACGUCUGAAAUCCAUUGUGUACCUGCCAGGAGACUUUGUGUGUAAGAAGGGUGACAUUGGAAGAGAAAUGUAUGUUAUUAAGGCAGGAGAGGUGCAGGUCAUCGGUGGACCGGACAAUAAGAUUGUGUUUGUGACACUGAAAGCAGGCUGUGUGUUCGGAGAGAUCAGUCUCUUACAGUCAGCAAAAGAUGGAGGCAAUAGAAGAACUGCAAAUGUAGCUGCUCAUGGAUUCGCCAAUCUGUUUGUGCUGGACAAGAAAGAUCUGAAUGAUAUCUUGGUCCACUAUCCUGAGUCCCAGAAAGUGCUGGCUAAGAAGGGACGGAAGCUGAUGAAAGCCAAAGGGAAAGUUGCUGUCCAAGAUGAUGGAGAAAAGAAGAAAGGACUGGCAAUGUUUGGAACCAAACCUCCCACUCCUAAAAUGCUGCGUGCUUUUGGAGGCUUUGGGAAGGGAGGAUUACUGGAGAAACUUAGGGCUCAUCAAGCAGCAGAGAAACAAAAUUAGGAAAUCUAUCCAUUCAUAUAUCCGGCUAUCUGUCCAUUACAUCAUUCAUCCUGUCUGUCCAUUACAUCAUAUGGAGUGGUGGUGGUGUAGUGGCUAAAGCACAGGGCUGUUAAUCAGAAGGUCGUUGGUUCGAUCCCCACAGCCACCACCAUUGUGUCAUUGAGCAAGGCACUUAACUCCAGGUUGCUCCGGGGUUGUCCCUGUAAUAAGGGCUCUGUAAGUCGCUUUGGAUAAAAGCGUCUGCCAAAUGCAUAAAUGUAAAUGUAAAUUCAUCCAUCCAUCUGACCACAUCAUGCUACACAUGAUGAACACGAGGUUCAUCUAUCUCUCUAUCCAUCCCUCUGCUAUCCAUCCAUACAACAACCAUCCCAUCCAAACAUCUGUCCAAUAAUGCACAUCAUUUGCAGAGAAAACUUUUUUACAUUCUGAAUUUUACUUUUUUAUUUUAUUCUAUUUUAUUUUUUCACAACAAACGAAACUGCAGAGAAAAUCCUGUAAAAGUAGAAAAUGCACUCAGGAAGGCACAAAGACAAAACAAUUGUUUUAUCUUGCUGGUUGUGAUUGUAUAAAACAGACAACAAAACUGUGAUUUAAACAGUAAUCUUGACUGUUUCAAUAAUCUUGGACUGAUCAUUCAACCAGAUAAGGUUGUUUUUUGAUUUUCAGAGGGACAAUAUGUAGGAGCAAACUGUUUAGUGACAGUCACUGUCCACUCAUUAUUCAACCUGAUUAUUCUAAAAAAUUAUUUAGAGGAAAAAAUAUUGUGGAGAAAAACAUUACCUUGCGGUUCAGGGCUUCUAUAACUGGUGGUUGUGAUUCUAAACAACAGACUACAAAAGUGUGACUCAACUGUAAAAUUGACUGUUAAGUGACAGUCACUCUCCACUAUCAAUCUUGGACUUAACCUGAUUCAACUUGAUUAUUAUAAUCUUUUUCGGAGGAAACAAAAAAGUGGAGCCCUUCUAAAUGUAGGGAAUGGGCUCAGGAAGGCGCUAAGACAAAAACAAUUACUUGGUGGUUUAGGGCUUCUGCAACUGGUGGUUGAGAUUGUAAACAACUGACUACAAAACUGUGAUUUAACCAGUAAAAUGUACUGUUAAUGAGACACUACAUUACACUUAUUAUCUUGUACUUAUUAUUCAACCACAUUAGUUUAUUUAUUUUUUCAGAGGGAAAAAUAUUGCUAAGAAAACCCCAUAAGAGUAAAUAGGCUCAGCAAGUCAUUUAGACGAAUAAUAAUAAUUCACCUAGCGGUUCAUGGCUUCCUGUUGGUUAUAGUAUAUACAACAGUCUACAAAACUGUUUAGUGACAGACACUGUCCACUAAUAAUCUUGCACUCAUUAUUCAACCAGUGUAGUAAGUGACUUUUUUGAUGUUGUUGUUUUUGCUUUGUUCACUG